AUGGUGGACGGAAGGCCGUUGUCGCGGCUGGACGACGGGGCCAUCUGCGAGAUCCGAAACCAUCACAUCGGUUUCGUGUUUCAGUUCCACCAUCUCCUGCGCGAAUUCACUGCACUCGAGAACGUGAUGAUGCCACGAUUGAUCGCCGGCCACCCGCGAUCCGAGGCGGAGGAGGGCGCGCGUCGCCUGCUCGAGUCGGUGGGGCUUGGCGCGCGGCUGCAACACAAGCCGUGGCAGCUCUCGGGCGGAGAGCAGCAACGCGUGGCCGUGGCCCGCGCGCUCGCCAACGACCCGGUCGUUCUCCUGGCUGACGAGCCCAGCGGCAACCUCGACCAUCGGACCAGCGAACAACUCCACGACCUGCUGUUCCAACUGAGGGACGACCACGAUCUGGCCAUGGUGCUGGUAACCCACAAUCGUGCGUUGGCAGCGCGAGCCGACCGCAUCCUGCGGCUCGAGAGCGGGAUACUGGUAGAGGGAAACGAGAGUCGGUGA